GACGGGAUAUAGUUGAGUUGUUCAACAAAUUCGAAAAACUUUUUAUUUUAAUAAUAUAUCUCGCUAUAUUCCAAAUGACAUAGGCAGCAAUGAGUAGGAAACAAAGUAAAUUGACAAGCUUAUGGGCAGAUGAUGAUGAUGAUGACUGUAUUAUUUUAGAUCCUCUUCCAGUAACCUGUUCCUCAACCAGAAAGACAGAUAAACCAGUGGUUAAAGUGUCCAGUACAAAAAAAGCCACUCAAUGGGUUUCAUCAGCAUUUGAUGGGUUUGAUGACUUUUCUGAUGUGAAGUCAAAACCACCAAGACAUUCAAGCAAUAUCAGGGCUGACAAGACCUCAAGUUUGAAAAGACCUCACCAAUCUAUAUCUAAUGGACAUGAAGGAAUUCCUCCACAGAAAUUAGUUACACGGAGGGCUAAUUCUGGGCCUGACAUUACACUGUGGUCAGAUAAAUAUGCUCCAACAAACCAGGGAGAUUUGGCUGUACAUAAGAAGAAGAUAGCAGAUGUGGAACAAUGGAUAAGUGGACAUAUACAGAAGAAAAAGUUACCCCCAAUAUUGUUAUUGACUGGACCAGCAGGUGUUGGUAAAACUGCCACAGUUAAGGUGCUAGCCAAGGAGCUUCGGUGUGAGCUACAUGAAUGGUCAAAUCCUCUAGCUGAUGAUUAUAGUGAAGGAUUCUCUACAAGCAGUGACUGGAAAUCUAGGUCUCGUAUAGAAGCAGGGAUCUCAAGCUCUCAAAAAUCCCAGUUUCAGGAAUUUUUGUUAAGAGCAAACAAGUAUAAUACACUGGAUAUAUUUGGUGGUGGUGGUGGUGUAAUGACGAGGAGAAUUAUCCUGGUUGAAGACUUCCCGAACAUGUUCUUCAGAGAAGCAGCUCCAUUUCAUGACAUUUUAAGGAGGUAUGUGCAGGUUGGAGGAAGUCCACUUAUAUUCAUAGUUAGUGACAGUACUAGUGGGGAUUCUAAUGAGAGGCUGCUCUUUCCCAAGGACCUACAAGCCCAGCUCAACAUAGAAAAUAUCAGUUUUAAUCCAGUUGCUAUGACGAGUAUGACCAAGAUACUGACUAAAGUAGCCACGGAGGAAUCAUUGAAAGGUAGUCAUAAAUUUACUGUGCCAUCUAAGUCUGUGAUAGAAUCUAUUGCCAUGGCGAGUGCUGGAGAUAUCAGAGGUGCCAUCAAUGCCUUACAGUUUGCUUGUCUAAAAGACACAUGUGAUUUAGCAGCUGCAAGUUAUUCUAAAGGUAAGACAAGAUUAACCAAGAAAUCAUCAACGACAGGAAAGAAAGGAUCUACCACAAAGAAGACAUUGAGUAAAACCAGCAGCUCCCAGAAGGAUGAGGAACUUAUGUCUAUAGGUGGCCGAGAUACAUCAUUGUUCUUGUUUAGAGCUCUUGGAAAAAUACUUUACUGUAAAAGAACUGAUCCAGGUGAGGAUGAAGAAAACCGAGCAGUUUUACCAUCACAUCUAUCACAGUAUUAUAGAGACCCUCUACAAGUUGAUCCUGAGGACGUUGUAGAGAGGUCACAUCUGUCAGGAGAUUUCUUUGGUGCUUACCUACAUCAGAACUAUGUUGAGUUUUUCUCCAGUAUAGAGGAUUUAGUCACAGCUAGUGAAUACAUCAGUGAUGCUGAUUAUCUAACCAUAGAUUGGGCUUCUAGGUCAGCACUACAGCAGUAUGCAGCAUCAGUUGCCACAAGAGGUAUCAUGUUCUCAAACAGUAGUCGAGCCCGACAUACAGACAGUGGGGGCGGAGGUCUUGGCUGGAAACCUCUACAUAAACCACAGUGGUAUACAGCUUCCAAACAAGCAAGACAAAAUUCUGAAACUGCAAGAUAUCUGUUCCGAAGUUACCGGGCUCCACCAGUUGUUUUACAGACAGAAUUAAUACCAUACACCUCACUUAUAAAUACAACUCUUCAUGAUACUGGUCAAAUAUCAUUUAUGCAGGAAAUUUGCAGAUUUUCUAGUCAUAAAACCAGCAGGUAUGAAAAACUUGAUGAAAAAGAAAUAGAUAUGGAAGAUGAUGAUGCAAGUCAAUCAGUCAAUCAAAAAUCAGAACAAUCUGUGUUGCCAGGGGAUACUGAUGAUGUCAUAAGCAACAGCCAAUCAAAUUUAAAAUCCUCACAGGAAGAGGAGGAGGAAUACAUCAUAGAAGAUUAUGAUGAUUGAAGAAAGAAUUCCAAAAACGAUGAUUUCAUGUGUAGUUUUUCAUUUAAAAUGUUUUUAAGAUCAUUUUAUUCUUGUUGAAGAAAUAAAAUGAAAAUAAAUUUUGUCAGGCAAGUCAAAAGUGUUUAAACUAAAGAGACAUUAACAACAGAUAGGUUGUCUGAAUAACAGGUGCUAUGUAUUGUUCUUUUGCUAAGUUAAUUAUUAAUUUAAUUGAUAUGUUAAUGAACAAAUUUUAGGUUUUGAUAAUAAUUAUCAUGUUCUUUAACAUUUUGUUAUUUCUUUCUCUUUCUGGCAGAAAAUGUUAUUAGAGCUGUGAUAUGCCGUCCCUUAAUUUACUUUACGUUUAUACGCUACAAAUGAAAUUGAAUCCUCUACCAGAAUUGUGUGAUAAUGUUAAAUUGACAAAAUAUGCAUUAAAACUUUGUUCUACG